AUGGGCACGAGUGGGGCGUUAUCGUCGGGAGCCGCCGCAGCCUGUUCGGCUUUCCCUUGCACAGAUAUCACCAAAUUCAAAUUCAAAUUCAAAUCCAAUGCCUUAUUUUCACCAACUCCAAGGCGUAACUGCUGCUGCUACUCAAUUAUUACUCCUACUUGCACUGCCACAGUAGCAUCGACAUCUUCAUCUUCCUCUACAGCAGCAGCAAGUAGUACUUGUAGCAGAGGAAGAAGAAAAACACUAGUUUCAUGCUCGGUGGCUUUACGGUCCAACAAUUCCGCAACCAUGGUGACAGAAGAUGAGGAAGAGGAAGCGAAGAAGAAGAUUGGAGCGAAGGUUAGGGUGAAGGUUCCGGUGAAGGUUUACCACGUGCCUCGAGUGGCGGAGGAAUUGGAUCUGUGUGGAUUGGAAGGUGAGGUGAAGCAGUACGUGAACCUGUGGAAGGGGAGGCGAGUUUCAGCUAAUCUUCCUUACAAGAUUCAGUUUGUCCAUUCAGGAGGAGUCAAGUUCUUUGCUCAUCUCAGAGAGGAUGAGUUGGAAUUCCUUGAUUGA